ACCUAAAAAAAAAUUUUAUAGUAAUUUGCUUGCAAUAGCAAACAGUAGUCUUCUUCAUAGUUCGAUAAGACGGAUCAUUCUCUUUUGCCUAUGAUUUGGCAAACGAAUACGUUUUCAGUAAUUAUACUCUCAGCGAAACAAUAAAUAAUCUUUAAUUGUGUUCACAAUUAUUAAAUAAUUAUCUUUUGCUGAGUCUCGCAUUUGUCACGCAACGAAUUGCGAUGGUACUUGCGGAAUUAAUUGGGGCUUUUAUUGUUGCUUUGAGCAUUGUAUGUCUUUAUUAUAAAUACGUGAUAUUCAAUUUCUGGCGUAAGAGAGGUGUUUUUUACGUCGAACCUGUAAUACCAAUAACUGGAAAUAUAACAGCUCUCGCAACUGGAAAAGUGCAAGUAGGCGUACUCUUCCAGAAUGCUUACAUGAAAUAUAAGAAUCAUCGCGCUUUUGGAAUGUAUACACUUCAUAAACCAAAUUUGGUAAUCGCCGAUCCUGAGCUUAUUCGUACGGUGUUAACAAAGGAAUUCGGGAGUUUUCAUGACCGUGGAAUGUACUGUAACGAAAUGAUUGACCCAUUGUCUAACAAUUUGUUUUUUAUGCCUGGAAAGAAAUGGCGAAAUAUGCGAGUCAAAUUGACUCCCACUUUCACUUCGGGAAAAUUAAAACAGAUGUUUCCGAUUCUGAAGGAGUGUAGCGAAGAACUCGCAAAGUAUCUGGAGAGCAAAGCACAAAUGAGAGAUUCGGUGGAGAUGAAAGACAUAUUUGCAAGGUAUGCAACAGAUGUAAUCAUGUCGACGACAGUUGGUAUCAAAUCUAAUUGCAUUGAAGAACCAAAUAAUGAGUAUCGAAUGCAGAGAAAAAAACUUUUUGAAAUGAAUUCAGUUUGGAUCAUAUUAAUGGCGUUUGCCCCACAAAUUUUGGAUUUCUUUUCCAUGCCCAUCAACGAUCGAAACGUCACGAAAUUUUUUAUGAAUAUAUUUCAAGAAAAUAUAAAAUACAGGCAAACGCAUAACAUCGUCAGACAUGAUUUUAUGAAUCUGCUCAUUGAACUCAUGGAAAAGGGCUAUAUUGGACCCGACGAUGACAAGAAGACGACCAAUGUAUCAUCAACUGUAAAUAAACUUACCAUGGCGGAAGCUACUGCGCAAACCUUUAUCUUCUUCGUAGCUGGCUUCGAAACUAUCGCGUCAACAUCGACAUACGCUCUGUAUGAAUUAGCUCAAAAUCGAGAUAUACAGGACAAAGUUCGCAAAGAAAUUGACGAAAUGUUAGCAAAGCACGGUGGUCUGACCUACGAUGCUGUGAACCAAAUGACAUAUCUUCACAAAGUAAUAAAUGAGACUAUGAGAAAAUAUCCUCCUGUUCCAAUAUUGAAUCGCAUCUGCACCAAAGAUAUAGAUUUGCCGACAACGAACAUUCGCGUGCCAAAGGGAACAUUAAUAACUAUACCGGUGCUUGGAUUACAUCGAGAUCCAUCAUUUUAUCCAGACCCGGAUAAAUUUGAUCCUGAGCGAUUUGACGCUAACAAAAUAGAAGAAAGGCAUCCUUAUACUUAUUUACCAUUCGGAGAAGGUCCACGAAAUUGCAUUGGUUCACGAUUUAGCUACGUAGAAACGAAAGUUGGACUUGUGAGUCUUCUGUCAAAAUAUAAAUUCAAACUUCAUUCCCGAACUCCAAUUCCGCUUGUUUUCGACGAAAAAGCUUUAAUUCUCACAGCGAAAAAUGGUGUAUAUUUUAAUAUCGAACCGCGAUAAAAAAAAUCGCACUAUUGCGUAAAUUAAAUAUUUUCCCUAUAGAUUUAAUAAAAAAAUAUACAUUAAUAAAUAUAACUUAGUGAAGUAAAGGCCUAUGGGAGCCAACACGGAUGUUUGUGUAAUAAUUUUUACAAUAUCUAACCACACACAAACUACGUGCUGCAUAUUCGUCGGUCUUGAAACAUUAUUCAUAAUGUGAACGAUAACGGAUUCAAUAAUAAGUAUAAAGCAUUAUUUUUAAUAAACAUACUUUUAUUUUGAAUAUUCUGCAGUCGAUAUGAACUAUCUAAUUUGUAACGUUUUAUUGCCUUUACCUGUUAUAAGUGUUAACUGAUUCUUUCAAUAAAAUAAAAUAUUUACUAA